GGCACGCAACGCACGACGGUCACACACCGAGUCUACAAUAAAAGUGUUUUCGUUUUGCCUAAGGUGAUUAGUCGCGAUCCCGCAAUCGACUAUAACGUAUCACAUACACUAGCGUUUGAAAGCGUCCCGUUUUCAUUGACACACAGAAUAAAACAGUCCAAUACAAAAUUUCAAUAAACAAAAUAGAUAAUCAAAUAUUAAAACGAAUCAAAUUCGUAGUAUUGAUUUUAUUAUUUUAAUUUAUAAAAAGAAAAGAAGGGACUCGCGAAAUUUAACCACUUAUUUAAAGAUUGUUAUUUGUUUGUUUUGUCUUAUCGUCUAAAAUUCAAGUUUAUUUGUUAAUCAAUUUUUAUUUAGCCGAUUAUCGAUAUCGAAAACAAAAAAAAAAAAAUAAAGAGAUCAAUCAUAAGAAAUAAAACGAAAUCAUAAUUAUCGAAAGAAAAAAAUCGUGUGUGAAAAUCCAUUAGAUAAAGGAGCUGAAUCCAUCACAUGAAACUGCGAUAAUUUUUCACUGCCGUUAUACAAUUACCACAACCAGAAUAAUUAUUGGUUCGAUUUUUUAAACCAUUACGAGAUCGAGAGAAAAAAAAGAGUAAAUAGAAAAAUCUCGUGGCGAGAAAAUCGAAUUACAACACACCGAAAUAUACAAAUAGAUUAACGAAACAAGAAUUUGCGUAAAAUCGAAAAGUAAUUUGUGAUUAUUCAUAAAGACAAACGAAAAGUGUAUGUGAAAUAUCAAAUAUUAAAUUGAAGUAAACAAAGAAUUACUGAAACGUGCAACAAUUUUUGCUCCGGAUUUAUCAGCUGGACCACAAAUUUUUUUUUAUAUUUUAAACACAGUAGUCAAAUCGUAUAUAGUAUUUUAUAACUUAUUCUAAAGACGAAUGAAAAAAUGAUUCAAAUUAAUGCAUUAGUUUUACUGAGAAUCGCCGUUAUCGCGAUAAUUGCAAUUCUGCCAACAACUUGCGCACCCGUUCAGACGACAACACAAGCUGAGAUUUAUCUAUCACAAUUUGGAUACUUGCCACCCACAGCCAGAAACCCUGCCAGCGGAGGUCUUCUCGAUGAAAGCACAUGGAACAAAGCAAUCAUGGAUUUCCAAAGUUUUGCCGGUGUUAAUAUCACAGGUAACUUGGAUCCGGAAACCAUGGAGUUAAUGUCACUUCCACGAUGUGGUGUCAAAGAUAAAGUCGGCUUCGGCACUGAUUCACGAUCAAAACGAUACGCAUUGCAAGGUAGCCGCUGGAAGGUGAAGAAUUUAACCUAUCGCAUUUCAAAGUAUCCAAAGAAAUUGAAUCAUCAAGAAGUUGAUAAGGAAAUUGCACGUGCAUUCAAUGUUUGGAGUGAAUAUACCGAUUUAACAUUCACAGCAAAACGCACAAAUCCCGUUCAUAUCGAAAUUCGGUUUGAAGAAAAUGAACAUGGUGAUGGUGAUCCAUUCGAUGGACCCGGUGGCACUCUAGCUCAUGCAUAUUUCCCAGUUUAUGGUGGCGAUGCUCAUUUUGAUGAUGCAGAAUUUUGGACAAUUGGUAGCAGUCGAGGUACAAAUUUGUUCCAAGUAGCUGCACAUGAGUUUGGCCAUUCAUUGGGUUUGAGCCAUUCAGAUGUGCGAUCAGCAUUGAUGGCACCAUUUUACCGUGGUUUCGAUCCAGUUUUCCGAUUAGAUUCAGACGACAUUCAAGGAAUUCAAGCAUUGUACGGACGUAAGACUGCGUCGGGUACGGACAGUGAUAGUGCACCGGUUCCACGUCCAUCAUAUCGACCGGCCAGCCGACCAGCCAGUGGUGACAAUGAAUUGUGUUCAGAUCCAAAGGUCGAUGCAAUGUUCAAUACGGCUGAUGGAAAUACAUACGCAUUCAAAGGCAACAAUUAUUAUCGUUUAACCGAAAAUGCUGUUGCUGAAGGAUAUCCAAAACGCAUAUCAGAUGGAUGGCCAGGACUUCCAGGACAUAUUGAUGCUGCCUUCACAUAUAAAAAUGGUAAAACCUAUUUCUUCAAAGGAUCACAAUACUGGCGAUACUCGGGACGAACAAUGGAUGGUGAUUAUCCAAAAGAGAUUAGCGACGGAUUCACUGGAAUUCCAGACAAUUUAGAUGCAGCUCUCGUAUGGGGAGGAAAUGGUAAAAUCUAUUUCUACAAAGGUAGCAAAUUUUGGCGAUUCGACCCAUUGAAACGACCACCAGUGAAAUCAACAUAUCCAAAACCAUUGUCAAAUUGGGAAGGUGUGCCAAACAAUAUUGAUGCCGCUCUACAGUACACCAAUGGUUACACAUACUUCUUCAAAGGUGACAAAUACUAUCGAUUCAACGAUCGAACAUUCUCAGUUGAUGCAGCCAAUCCACCAUUCCCACGACCGGUCGCCCAUUGGUGGUACGGAUGUCAAAAUAUUCCCGCGACGUUCAGUUCAUUAGGUAAUCGUUUAACCGCACAACCAAGCCAUAGUGAUACGGGAUAUGUUGAUAAUUUGGAAUUUGAUGCAGCUGGUGCCGAUGAACAACUUGCCCACGAUGAACCGAAUGGCUCAGGAAAUCAACAUCAUAUUCUAGCAAGUGCUUUAGUUACAUCAAUUUUAUUGUCAAUUUUGGGGAAAUUUGUCUAUUGCUAAACACCGAAUAUAAAAACCGAACUGAAAAUGGAAAAUGUCAAGCAAUACAUGGAUGCCGACCAGACUCUAAAAACAAUAUAUGAAGCACAAAAUUGACUUACUUAUUAAGGGAACGAUCGAAAUGCCAAAAAAAA